UACCUUUAUUCUAACCAACUUUCUAGUCCCAUUCCUAGUGAGUUGGGGAAUUUGAAAAACCUCACUAAGCUGGAUUUAUCAGAUAAUCAGCUUACUGGUUCAAUUCCAAUUACUCUAGGCGAAUUAAGUGAGCUCAAAAUUCUGCAACUUUUCUCUAACCAACUUUCUGGUCUCAUUCCUAGUGAAUUGGGGAAUUUGAAAAACCUCAGAAAUUUGGAAUUAUCCAAUAAUCAGCUUACUGGUUCAAUUCCAAUUACUCUAGGCGACUUAAGUGAGCUCAAAAAUUUGUCCCUUUUCUCUAACCAACUUUCUGGUCUCAUUCCUAAUGAGUUGGGGAAUUUGAAAAACCUCGCCGAGCUGGUAUUAGACAAAAAUCAACUUAGUGGUUCAAUUCCAAUUACUCUAGGUGACUUAACUGAGCUCAAAAUUCUGUACCUUUAUUCUAACCAACUUUCUGGUCCCAUUCCUAGUGAGUUGGGGAAUUUGAAAAACCUCACUACGCUGGAUUUAUCAGAUAAUCAGCUUACUGGCCAUUUGCCAGACCAGCUUUGCCAAGGUGGGAAACUUGAGAACUUCACGGUGGCUAGCAACAAGCUAACAGGUCCAAUACCAAGUAGCUUGAGGAAGUGCUCUAGUUUCAAAAGGGUUCGCUUUAAUAACAACAGUUUCACUGGGAAUUUAUCUGAAGUUUUUGGCAUCUAUCCAGAGCUUCAGUUCAUUGAUUUGAGUGACAAUGAUUUUCAUGGUGAACUCGGCAACAAUUGGGGGAAAUGCAAGAAUUUGACUGAUCUGCGGGUAGCCAGAAAUAACAUUAGUGGUAGCAUACCACCAGAGAUUGGAAAUGUCAAAGGGCUUCUUGGACUUGAUCUUUCAUCGAAUCAUUUGAUUGGGCAGAUUCCUAAGGAAAUUGGAGAUUUAACCUCUUUGGUUAAGUUUUUUGUGCAAAACAACAACAUUUCUGGCAAUAUACCCGGGGAACUUGGGUCACUGACAAAAUUAGAGUCCCUUGAUCUAUCAGGUAAUAGAUUGAAUGGGUCGAUCCCAAUUUUUUUAGGAGAUUAUGUGCACUUGAUUUUUUUGAACCUGAGCAACAACAAAUUUGGGGAGAAAAUUCCAAUGGAGAUAGGGAGGAUAACUCAGCUUAAUGCACUUGAUUUGAGCCAUAAUCAUCUUGUUGGAGAAAUACCCCUUAUCUAGCCAAUUUGAAGAGCUUGGUAAGCUUAAAUCUUUCCCACAAUGGCCUCUCCGGCCACAUUCCCGAAGAACUUGAAAGUUUGGUAGUUUGCUAUAUGCCGUGUUGUCAUACAAUGAGUUGGAAGGUCCAAUCCCUAAUAAUAAAGCUUUUAUCAAUGCCUCCUUGGAGGGCAAUAAAGGUCUUUGCGGCAAUGUAACAGGACUCCAGCCUUGCGAAAGGCCAUCUUCUGUGGUGAAGAAGCAGUCAGUGGCGAAGAGACGUAAACUCAUCCUCAUCACUGUACUUCCUGUUAUGGGAGCACUAGUACUACUCUGUGCUUUCAUUGGUGUUCUCUUUAUGUGUGAUAAAAGAAGGAAAGUUAGAGACGUUGAAAGACGUGAUGAUGGUUGGAUUUCGAUAUCCAUGUUAGAUGGAAAGGCAUUGUACAGAGAUAUCUUAAACGCCACACAGGAUUUUGAUGCUACAUUUUGCAUCGGGCAAGGAGGGCAUGGUAGCGUUUACAAGGUAAACCUUCCAUCAUUAGGGAAUAUAGCUGUGAAGAGACUUCAUUCUUCAUUUGAGAAUAAACAUCCCAAAAGCUUCAUGAAUGAAGUAAGGGCAUUGAUUGGGAUUAAGCAUCGGAACAUCGUGAACCUCUACGGCUAUUGUUCGAAUGCACAAAACUCAUUGUUGGUUUACGAGUAUGUGGAGAGGGGGAGUCUGUCUAGUAUUUUGAGCAAUGAAGUUGAGUCCAAGAAAUUGGAUUGGCUUAAAAGGGUGAAUAUCAUCAAAGGUGUUGCUUAUGCUUUAUCUUACUUGCACCAAGAUUGUUCACCAUUGAUUGUUCAUCGAGACAUAUCAAGCAGUAAUGUUUUGCUUGAUUCUGAGUAUGAAGCUCGUGUUUCAGAUUUUGGCAUAGCUAAGCUUCUCAAGCCAGACUCAUCCAAUUGCACUACACUUGCAGGCACGUAUGGCUAUGUUGCACCUGAGCUUGCAUAUACAAUGAGCGUUACACAAAUGUGUGAUGUCUAUAGCUUUGGAGUAUUAGUAUUGGAGAUAAUCAAAGGAAAGCAUCUUGGGGAAUACAUUACUGUGCUAGCAAAUUCAUCGACUAGAGAUCAUGUGCAGCUUAGCGAUUUGCUAGACGAACGCCUUCCGUAUCCUGAAGAUAGAGUAAAAGAGGUUUUGUUUUUUAUCAUCAAGCUAGCAAGUUCUUGUUUGCUUGAAACUCCAAAAUCAAGGCCAACAAUGCACUUCAUCUCUAAUAGGUUAUCAUCAAUGAAUCCACGUCCACCUACUCAUGUAAGGCGAGCUAUAUAAUCCCUGAUAUGUGAGGUGUCUUUGUAUGAAAAUGAAUAAACUUUGAAACCAAGUGGUUGUGAAGUAAUUUAUUUUGAUGAUAGUAUGAUACGUUCCAUGCCAAAAUUAUUACUGGGACUAGCAUUGUCGUAUUGUCAGGGUACUUAUCUAGUUUAUUGUAUUGAGUGUAUCAUGUAGAAGGUAAUUUUUCCUUAUGCCAAAAACUAAUGAAAACAAGCUUCAUGUUUGCUAA